AAACUGUGUGUGAACAGUUAGUUCUCUGUUUGCCCUGCGAGGUGUUACAGUGAACCCGUAUAUACGACGAUUGCAUUUACCAUUUAUUCGCUUGACUAAUUAAAUUGAAUAAAAAAGCUGAGAAUACAUUCAGUGACUUAGUGUUAAAUUCUGUUCUGAUACCAGAUUUAAUUGACGCAACCUAACAGAACGGAACUAAAAAAAGUGGUCUUAGUAGUAGGGGUUUACAAAACAGCCCCCACAAAUUCCGUUUGAAAUUUACAUCGCUAGCUAACAACAAGGAACUUUCAUGAGAUUAAACGAUAUCUAACCAAGGAUUUUAUCAAGUGGGAAGCCCUAAGUAGUUCACUAGUCCUCCAAGAAAGUGAGCUGGAAGGAAAGAACGAAGGAGCCAGGUAGCAAGAAAACAGAUGAUGGAAGGGGCAACAAUGUCUGAAGAAAGGGCAACAGUGUCGGAAGAAGAGGCAACAGUGUCGGAAAAAGGACAGAUAAUUGCCUCUGAUACUGGUAGUGAUGAGGAGUUAGGUGAAGCCUUGUCUAAUGGCAACCCCAUACCACCUAAGAGGGGAAAGGGAAGGCCCAAAGGAUCAGGCUCUAAGACACCCAAGAUACUGAGGGUACUAGACAAGCGGCCACGGGGCAGGCCAUGUAAAGUGGUUGACCCUAAUGCUGUUUCAGCAGAGCCAACUGCACCUCUGAAGCAUGGCCGGCCCCAAAAUGUUAAACAAACAAAAAAAAUGGGUAGGCCGAGAAAGAACCCGCUAUCAACCGAGGAGGAAGAAGAGAGAAAGAAACUGAAAAGCCAACCUAAGGGAUCAAGAGUGUGGAAGCCUCUCGGAAGGCCGCGCAUCCACCCCUACAUGGAUCCCCCAGCCACCUCUGCUGAGCCACGGGCAAGAGGCCGUCCACGCAAGGCAACAAUGGGUAGAGGUGCCCACUUACGGAAGAACCCACCUCCAACCUCUAAAGUUUCCAAGCCACCCGUUAUAGAUGGUUCCCCGCAAAAGAGGGGCCGCCCCUUAGGCUCCGUACAAGCAAACAAAGCCAAGAGAGCAGCAGAGAAGGAUAGGUCCAAUAGUGCACCCCCAGCCAAACAGGGGUGCACUGUUUCUCCAAUAGUAAAGCUUUACCGCUGCACCAAUGGUAAAGCAAAUGUGUUAGAUGAAGCUGCCUUCCAAGCCCAGAGGCGAAGAGGCAGGAGAACGUCUGUGAAAGUUGAUUAUACAACUUGUGAAUCAGAGAAGGAGGAAAAUGAAGAUGCAGAGAGAAAUGAGGACGAAGACUUGUCUCCAGUUGAAGAGGAAAUAAAACCACACAGUGGUCGUCACAAGGCUAGCAAACCUGGUAAGGUGGCGGCAGCUCAUAAAGAAGGUGGGGGUUGUUUCUAAGAGGCGGGGCAGGAAGCCUGGCUCAACCAAAAAGGUUUCUAAAGUAAAAGGAACCUAGGUGGAGCAGACUGAACAAGACAACAUACCUUGUUGCCGGGAAACACAAAAUAUCAGUAGCAUCUUGUAGGAUGAAUGGACAUGUUUUUAACAUUUUAUUAAUGGGAUAGCUCUUACCCAACUCUUUAGUUUUCUCAAUUAACCUACGUGUCUAUUUGCUCUUGCUAUUAUUUUUGAUGCUUUGUGGAAACCAUGUCAUUUUUUCCCCCUCCCCUUCAUAGCUUGAAUGAUGUGAAGACAAUUUCAUUGACAGUUGUUAAUAUAUUGGUCUGUGCAGACUUUUCCCAUUUGGAUACGGUUUCUAAUUCCAUGCGCAUCCUUUUGGUCAUGAUAUUCUCAUUGAGCUUUUACCGAGAUGUUCCUUCAUCUCCAUCCAAAAUGUUACAAUGUGGGAAAGAUCAUGAAUGUAUGAAUCAAUUGUCUAUUUACUCAUAUAGGUAAAUAAGAAGCUAAAAUGGGUUAAAUCAGUGUUUUGUUUCUUGUAAUAAAUAAAUAACAUACUUUUAA